GGAGUGGGAGGGGACCCUAUCAUCCCGCAAAGUGAUCGGGGCAGGGUCCUUUGUGACGUGGAGCUGAGCCAGGAGGGGUCAGGGCCUGGGUGGGGAUGGGGCGGGACCACCCCAGGGGCUGCCGGCGGGAUGGGUCUGUGCAGGUCCAAGCUACCCCAGACGGGCAGGCCUCUGAGGCCGAAGGAGAAGGACAUCCUCAAGUCCCCCCUGAUCAUCUUCGUGAUGGGCGGCCCAGGCUGUGGCAAAGGGACGCAGUGCAAGUAUAUGGCCACCAAGUACGGCCUCUGCCACGUGGGGCUGGGCCAGCUGCUGCGGCAGGAGGCCCAAAGAGGCACCCAGCGGGGCCGGCAGAUCCACGACCUCAUGCGGCAGGGGCUCCUGGUGCCCACGGGUAUCGUCUUAGAUAUGGUCAGUGACAACAUGCUGUCCCACCCGGAGAGCCGGGGCUUCCUCAUCGACGGCUUCCCCCGGGAGCUGAAGCAGGCCCAGGAGUUUGAGCGCAUCGUGGGCCGGGCCCCCGACGCCGUCAUGGUGUUCGACUGCUCCAUGGAGACCAUGGUCCGGCGCGUGCUGCGCAGGGGCCAGGUGGAGCGCCGGGCGGACGACGCGGAGCCGGCCAUCCAGCGGCGCCUGGAGACGCACUACACCCUGUGCGAGCCCGUCCUGACCUUCUACCAGCGGAAGAACCUGCUGCGAAACGUGGACGCAGCGAUAGCUUAACAUUCUUAAAGUGACCCACCCAGCUCCUGUACCUUCCAGUUAGGAAGACGAAAGGACUUUGGUGAUGUCCUUGUGCCCGCCUGAAGGUAAACGCCUGAGAUGUGCCUUCUCCUGCCCCAGCCGAGGCUCAAUUGAGUGGCAGCGAUGCCCCGGAACCAGCCUUGGCUCCCUCGGGAGGGCACGGGGGAGUUGGAGGGCAGUUCCCCGCACACCCGUCCCCGCCACGUGUCUCUGCACAGCAGCUAGUAACGUCCGACUGCGCUCUCCCCACCUUUCCCAUCUGUCUCACCUCACCUGCCCGGGCUCUUCCCAGGCUGGUCGGAGUGGGAGGGAGAUGGCCCUGCCCCAGGACUCAGACCUGACCUCUGUGCCCCCCGUCCCUAGAUCCUGGCAGAAGAAGCACCAGAGAACAUCUUUGCCAAGUGCUGCUCUGUCAUCGAAAGUCUGUAGAGAGACGGGAGGGGCUGGGGGCUCGGC